AUGCUUGGAAUUUGGAUACUUGCACUAUUUCUGCUCAGCACAGCAGAAGGCAAAGAAGUUUGUUUUGAAAGGCUUGGAUGUUUCUCAGAUGAUAAACCAUGGUCUGGGACUUCGGAAAGACCAAUCAGUAAAUUACCCUGGGAUCCAGAAGACAUAAAUACUCAAUUCCUCCUGUACACAAGACAAAAUCCUGCUAGCUAUCAAGAGAUCUCUGCAGUUGAUGCCGCAACAAUUGGGUACUCAAAUUUUAACACAAGUAGGAUAACCAGAUUUCUCAUACAUGGAUUUAUAAGUAGUGGAGAAGGAAGCUGGUCGGCAGACUUGUGCGAGAGGAUGUUUGAGGUGGAAGAUGUGAACUGCAUCUCUGUAAACUGGGAGAAUGGCGCAACCUGUCUGUACACCCAGGCAUCAAACAACAUCCGUGUUGUGGGCGCUGAAAUAGCUUAUUUUGUAAAUGUUCUUCAGUAUGGUGGGUCUAGGAGAACAAUAUGGAUACUCUCCAGCAGCCUUGGAGCACAUGCAGCAGGAGAGGCUGGCAAGAGGAAGGCAGGGAUUGGAAGAAUAACUGGGCUGGACCCUGCUCAACCUUAUUUUCAAGACACUCCAAUUGAAGUCAGACUGGACGCAUCUGAUGCGGAGUUUGUUGAUGUUAUCCACACAGAUAUAGCCCCCACAAUCCCCUAUUUAGGUUUUGGAAUAAGCACAGCUAUAGGACAUCUUGACUUUUAUCCAAACGGAGGAGAGGAAAUGCCAGGGUGUGAUAAGAACGCCAUUUCAGAGAUCGUAGAUAUUGAUGGCAUCUGGGAAGGAACUACGAACUUUGUGGCUUGCAACCACUUGCGGAGUUACAAGUAUUACGCUGACAGUAUUAUCUACCCUGAUGGAUUUCUAGGCUAUGCUUGUGAUUCAUAUGAUGUUUUUGAAACAGAAAGCUGUUUCCCAUGCCCAGAAGAGGGAUGCCCAAAUAUGGGUCACUUCGCAGAUAAAUUCAAAAGCCAAAUCAAAAACGAUACUCUGAAACUUUACCUGAAUACCGCCGAGUCCAAGGAUUUUCCUCUUUGGAGGUACAAAGUAACUGUGACGCUCUCUGGAAAGAAGAAAGUUAGAGGAUACGUAAAUAUUGCCCUGUAUGGAAGUGGUGGGAACACAAGGCAACAUCAGAUCUUCCAGGGAACCCUCCAACCGGACAACACUUACACAAGCCUCAUUGAUGCAGAAAUUAACGUUGGAACACUUACAAAGGUUAAAUUUCUCUGGAACAACAACUGGUUAAAUCCAACUCUUCCUAAACUAGGAGCUGCAACUGUCACAGUACAAUCUGGAGAAACUGGAGAAGAAUUCCUCUUCUGUGGUUCCGAGACGGUGAGGGAGGAGGUUCUGCAAACUCUUACUGCUUGCUAA